AUUGAUUCUGAAUAUUUAUUGGCACGCCUUCCUUCUGUUUUAUCAACUUCGGACCAUCAUCAUCGACUCGUGGCUCCUACCUAGAGCAGAUACCCUUGAAUUGUUUGUAUUACUUACCCAGCAUCAUCACCAUGGCGUCAAGUCAAACAGAGCAGGAUCGCUCAAACUACUAUGACAUCGUCAUUGUGGGAGCUGGACCGGUUGGUCUGAUGCUGUCGACAAUUCUGGCACGCUGGGGUUACAAGAUUAAGCACAUUGACAACCGGCCCGAACCGACAGCCACUGGUCGCGCGGAUGGCAUUCAGCCGCGCUCCCUAGAUCUCCUGCGAAACAUGGGUCUGAAGUCGGCCAUCAUGGCUCACAAGCCUGCCCGUGUCUACGAGGUUGCAUUCUGGGACCCCCCCACGUCAGGACGUGGCAUUGAGCGAACAGGCACAUGGGCCAGCUGCCCCGACUUUAUCGAUGCUCGGUAUCCCUUCACAACCCUGCUCCACCAGGGUCUGAUUGAGAGAGUGUUCAUUUCAGACCUUGAGAAGAACGGAGUCGAAGUCCAGCGACCAUGGACGAUCAAGGGCUUCUCGUCAGAUGAGCAAGCGAAUCCGGAGUACCCUGUUCAGGUUGAGUUGGAGCAUAUCGACGGGACUGCAAAAGAGUCUCUGCACGCCAAGUAUCUCUUUGGUGGUGAGGGCGCGAGGUCCUUUAUUCGGAAUCAACUCAAGAUCGGAGUCACCCACAAGGACCCCAUUGCCCACGUCUGGGGUGUUAUGGAUGGUGUCGUCGUCACCGACUUUCCAGAUAUCAAGAUGAAAUGUACCAUUCACAGUGAGCACGGCUCCAUCAUGGUCAUCCCCCGAGAGGACAAUAUGGUCCGCUUGUACAUUCAGAUCGCCUCGUCCACGGACUCGGACUGGGACCCGAGGAAAACCGCCACUGAGGCUGAAGUGCAAGAAUCGGCUAAGAAGAUCUUGCAGCCCUAUAACAUCGAGUGGGAGCGUGUCGAGUGGUACUCUGUUUACCCCAUUGGGCAGGGAAUUUCGGAUCGUUACACCCUGGAUCAACGAGUAUUCCUCGGUGGCGAUGCUUGCCACACGCACAGCCCCAAAGCUGGACAGGGAAUGAACACGGCUUUCCUCGAUGCCCAAAACUUGGCAUGGAAGAUUCAUGCCGUUGAAGCCGGUUUCGCUGACCGCGAAAUCCUCAAGACAUAUGAGCCAGAACGCAAGGAGGUGGCGGAGACGCUCCUCAGCUUCGACAACCGAUAUGCCAAGUUGUUCUCCCAGCGACCACCCCCGGCCGACACGGUGAAGGCCGCAACGGACAGCCAUACCGGAAACAAGACACACGAAGACAACGAGUUCAUCAAGACUUUCAAGGAGUCGUGUGCGUUUACCAGCGGAUACGGGGUAUCCUACGGCCCUAACGCUCUUAACUGGUCGCCUGAGCACUCGGCCAAGUCGCCCCUUAUUCACCCCAAGGGCACCAAGUUGUCUACAGGUCGCCUAUUUAUCAACUCGGAUGUGACUCGAGUUGUCGAUGCUAACGUGGUGCACCUGGAGCAGGAGGUGCCCCUCAACGGAGCAUUCCGCCUUUUCGUCUUCGCUGGAAACAUUUCCAAGACGUCAAGGGCUUUGAGAGAUUUCGGCAACAACCUCAACAGCAAGAGGUCAUUCUACUCGGCAUACAUGCGAGAGGACCUGAGCCAGGUCUCCCACCACGAGAUGCACAACCCUCACAGUCACUUCUUCACCUUCUGCACGAUUUUUGCCGCCAAGAGGCCCGAAAUUGAGAUCUCUCGCGACCUGCCGGAGGUUCUUGCGCGAUACAGGGACCAUGUUUACGCCGAUGACCGAUCGGACGCUCGACUGGCCAACGCCAAGGCUGUAGCGCACGCCAAGAUGGGCCUGGACGAGGAUUUGGGCGGAGUUGUGGUUGUGCGGCCUGACGGCUAUGUGGGUGUGGUAGUCAGCCUGGUUGAGGGCAGUGGAACCGUUGACGCCCUAAACGAGUACUUCUCGACUUUCUGUACUAAGAAGUUGGGCGAGGUGAUGGCACAGCUGUGAUGCGGCAGGGUUCAUUAAAGUAGACGUUGUUGUGUGAAUGAGAGGGAUGGUUAGAGGCGAUGAUAUGAAUAUUCUGUGGGCUGCGGGUAGCACAUUUGUAACUGAAUGAUAGAUUAAAAAGAGGUCGAUACAGUUUAUGAGG